AUGUGUCGCCUGGCCGGCGAUCCUCGCCCACAGCAUCGGCACUGGAUCCAUCGUCAAUGCGAAAAGAUCUUGUCGAUUCUUCCUCAGUCGGUGACCCUUUUCUGGGCGGGUGCAGGUCAUUUUUUCGACGUGUACAGCAGCUAUCAUGGUGAUGGAGUACUGCUGUCUGCAAUUUUGCUGCUCCGUGGCGAUUUCACGUAAGGCACCUUGCUUGACGGCGUAUGCAGAGUUGAUUUCAUUGAUAUUUUCUGCAGGUCACCUAGUUCGCAAGCCUCAGCACUGUUGGACAUUUCCGUAGAGCGAGAGGCUAUCAUUGAGGCGAUUGACGGGCUGGUCGGUUCAAAUGCAGUGGCAGCAUUUGAUAGACACGUACCUCCAGAGGUGAGCGAGCCAUGCACACUUGAUUGCAUUGUGUCUCCGCGGCAAGUGCGCAUUGCAUUGUUUCAACGCGUAGGUCCGGUGUCCGUUUGGCUGCUGGGAGUUCAUUGAGCUCUCUGUUCUCUAUUCAAUGGGGCAGAUCUGGCACCUGCUCGACGAUACCUAUGAGUCGCCCAAGAAAGGCGAGGGGAUCGCAACAGACGGCUUUCGGACGGACUGGCUGACGUUUGUGAUAGAGGACUUCUUCGGAUGGCGCAUCGGUCCGUGUGUGGCGUGGCGACGAGACAUAGGGCUUGCCUACUGUUCGUGUCUCGAGCACGAUCCAAAGAAGAAGGGGCCCAUGCGGUUCCUUCACGUGCCCAGAAACCCCUUCACGCCAGAUGCCGUCGUGCCGACUGAUGGAGACCGGCUGGCUCGAAUCGUCCCCAAGCCCCAUUGGUAUCGCUUGAGGCGCCUGGGCAGCAACUCUGCCGCCACCAGCAUGCACUUUGUGAAUGUGGCCUACGACGGCAUGUCCGGCUUCAGCCUCGUAAACCGAGCGCGUUUUGACCGCCAAGAUUGGCGGCUUUUCGCCCUCGAGGGGUCAAUCCUCAGCUGCAACCGGCAGCUGCGUGAGUAUCACCUAACUCACGAGGACCCGGCGCAUGCCCAGUGGGCUGAGGAGCACCUGGAAGGCUACUCUCGCGAGUUCCCUUUCGAAGCAGCACGUGCAGAAGAGCAGCCGUUCCGUGGUGUGGAGUCGUGUGGAGCAACGUAUGUGUCGUCGACCGAUGCGCUCGACGAUUAUACGGCUUUCAUGGCCUCGGACUCUAUCGAUGUGGAUCGACCGGGUGGAGUGGGAGCGGCGCAAGGGCAGACCGACCGAACGAGCCCCGCAGCCUCCGGCGGCGCAGAUGGAGGAGACAACGACGAUUCCAAUGUCCGUCGGGCCAAUCAACGGCCCAUCAUCUUGCGCCCGCUUUGUUUGGUCCAUCCAACCACUUCGCACGGUGCGGCAAUUUACGCGAUCCCAUGUCUCAACCACCAAUUCGGCGACCUUUGGCUUUUCGCGCGGCUCAUGACCAUGUCUCUUCUCUCUGCCUGGCGUUUGAUGGUGGGGCGGAUCAAGGCCGUGCAGCCUGUCCAGCAUCCUCCUGCAGCAGCUGCGCACGCCCCAGGGACACAGAACCCCCCGCCCCCCAACAACAGCAGCAACACCAGCAGUGGACACGCAAGCACCACUAACGGAGGCCGUGCGUUGGAUCCUCACUUGAUGGAGCGCCUCUGGCUGACAGACGCCGUCAACUUUGCAGUGGGCAUUGUGGAGGGGCGAAGCCUACGCAACGAGCAGAGACGUGGCCGCGGCCGACAGCCAGCGACAAGCUACUCACGUUUUACGUCGUGGUUCUCACGGGCGAUUGGUCGUCAGCCGUUCUCUCCCAACAUGCUGCUGAGCGGGUUCCUCUGCUGGGAGGGCGUGAGGUGUGUGCCGUGGCUGACACCCCGCAGCGAGGGGAUCACUCAGGAGGCCAUUCACCGCGUCCUGAGUGGAACCGUCUUUCGUCAGCAGGACAGCGUGCUUCCAGUGCCCGAUGUGUUGCUGUUGAUGAACAACCAGCUGCCUGCGCAGGGGGAUGUCUCCCUUGGUAAGAUGCAUGGAUGUGGGUGACGGGAUAAAUGGGCGCGUGAGUGCAUGUGUCUAGGUCUCUGUAUGGCGCUGAGUCAAUGUGCUUGGUGUCAUUUUGAAUGUGUGGUGCAGCUACGGUCCCCGAUAUGGUUCAUAGCUUCGUGUUCCGCGGGGAGGCGUUUGAUAUGGUCUGCAUCGUCUCGGUUCUCCCACGGGAUCCGGAGGCUCAUCUGACUACCGUCGAACUUCGCCACGCCGCACCAAGCUACAAGACAGCGGCUCUGAUGCGGUGGAGCCGAGACCAUCCGGGCCUGUGGUUUGCUAAUGAUGGACAUGUCCCUCAACGAGCGGACGCCCUACUGCAGCGGCCGGAGGCUAGACAAUGUGCUGCUACAGUCGCCGCCUCAUCGACUACAGCCAUGCACGUUCGGUAUGGUGCGGCGGUUCCUGAGGAUGCGGUCCUUCGCCAGCGUGAGCUGAUGAGUGGCCAGGCCGUUGCCAGGUGUCACGAGCACUCCAACUACUUCCUGUGCGUCGUGUCUCCGAUGUCGCCGGUCCAAGAGUCGGUGCAUUGCUGCCACCCACCCUAUGAUCCGACUGAGGACGGCAUGACAGUCCGGCCAGCAACGUGCCAAGCCAAGGUUGUACGAUUCACUUGUCCGUACAAGUCUCACUGCGGCAGUGCUGUGAGCUGGCAGUGUCCGGUCGGUCUCUGCAAGCAGCACUUCACAGACGUCAGCCGGCAGGUCGAAGAGGGAUCUGUAUCUAUUUGUUUCCGUCCCCGGCCCCCGCCGUCCGGCCCUUCAGCAGCACCCCGCCCAUCUGCAGCCGCGGCCCCUCCCCAGGAAAAGGAGGUUCGAAGGGACGACGACGAGAGGGAGGCGGCCGCUCAGCGUGACCGGCAGGAGUGGGAGGCAAUCAAUGCGGCACUGCAAUCGGGGCCGCUUGACGAACAGCCAGUGUGUGACGAGAGCGAGAAUCCGGACGAGCACCGGGAGCGUGCCGCAUGGCGGGCGACAGUGGACGAUGCAGUCACGAACGUGGGGCCUCCCGAGUUCGGCACCGAUGAUGCGGCGGCCGACGCCAGGCUGAUGGACCCGGACAGCAGCGAGCUCCCCCUCUAUUCGGUCAGCCCGCAUGGCGACCGCGUGUGGGCGCACCUGGUUCUUAACCCGUGCCUUCGACUCUUGCGACGGCGCUCGAAGCACGAUACGCGGAUGACCCUGUCGGCCGAGCGCUUUCUGCAGACGCUUGUGGCCAAGGACGGUGCUCGUCGGGCCAAGUUGGAGUCCCCGGAAGCCUUGCUGUUUCCGAGUGUCUUCUUUGCAGACAAGGACGACUAUACGGCGCUUGGGGCCCUUCCGGCCUCCAUGCUGGCCUCUUCAACGUGGAACAAACAACGGCGGAUCGCCUCCGCUAUGGACCAUUUCCGAAUACGUCUUUGCGACCACUCGCUUGCGACGGCGCGCAGCGACAACUACAUCGCCUUCAUGUACAAUAUCAAGACCGACAUGGAGCUGUCGCACACUCAUUCGGCGCUGGUGCUCAACCGAGGCCCGGAGUUUCUGCAGACGCGUCGAGACGGCCAGGCUAGGGAGGCGACGGACACGGCACUACCGAUGGAUGCGACAGAGGCCCGGAGGCGAGUCCGCGAGGUGAAUGCCUGGACCGAGGUCGGUAGCGGCAUCACCAACGAGAAGAUCUCUACGGAGGAGCUGCUGCGGCCACUGGUGACUGGCAGGGAGCUUCCCACAUACUUCUACACUGUGACACUCAAUAUGUCUCAGCAAUUCGGUAUGUAAUCGAAAACUAACCGUAUCCAUCAAUCAGUGUGUCUCUGUACAUGUGUGUGUCUGUGUAUGUGUCUCUUCGUCGCAUCUCGUGUCUAUGUGCAUCGACAGGCUUCGCCAGGCUCUACAAUCGCAUCGUCGAUCUGUACACGGACACCGCCGGCAACAGAGAUGAGGACGCUAUUCAUUCCUUCAUGCCGCUGUUGCUGCGCUGCUGGUAUCGGGUCUUUAAGUGGAUCAUCCGCUACAUUAACGAGAGCGGCAUCGCUGGCGAAAUCCUCAAACACUGGAUACGGUAAGGCACUUUUUGACGGAGCAAGGGUGUCUUGGCUGCGUGCGUGUCGUGCAGGGUAGAGUUUCAGGCCCUCAUGGGGCACUUCCCUCAUCUGCACGGCCUGCUGGCCACCUUCGAGGACCGCCUAUCGACGAUCGUCACCGAUCGGGUCAUCGCAUCGACCGACUUCAUGGCGGCCCGCCGAUCGUCGGACGUCGGCAAGCAGCAGCAGUAUCCCAUGGAGCACUUCACUGAGGACCGGCGGCUGCUGCGUGACCCUAAGGAUCUGCAGAACCUUGAGGAUUUCAUCAACGAGCACCACCGCCACAACUGCCACACUGCGGGAGGGCGGUGCCUGAAGGAGGUGCUGGACCGGGACGGCAACGUGAAGAAAAUCUGUCGCCGGACACGGAACCGUGUGACCAACCAGCACAUCUACGAGCGCAUCACCUCAAACCACUCCGCCGAGACACUGAAGAUACUAAGGGAAUGGGGGCUGACAGAGGAGUCGGUGGAGCGGGCCGUCUAUGUGAGCGGCCUCGACGGUAGAAGCCCCACUGCUGAUGGCAGUGAGUACCCGCUGGAGCGCCCAGUGGUGGAGCUGGAGGGCGGCAAGCAUUUUGCGCCGUCCGUGAGAGGCGACGAGGACAUGUCUCCCUUUUUUCCGCCCCUGGCUGCUCUACUGAAAGCAUCCAUCAACGUGCAGAUCGUUGAUUUCUUCUUCAGCGGUGGAUAUUUGGACAAGUACGUACAUCAACAGGCGCUGCGUGUCUCCCCGGCAUGUUCGUGGAUCGAUGGUGUGAUGUCUCGACACACAAACAGAUACGCAGCGGGCGCCGAGGAGAAUGCCAAGGCGAUAUUGAGAGUGGACAAGGACUCUGACAAGAAUGUGCUGACCGACGUCCGUGUGGACGGCCAGAGCAUGCAGAAUCUCAAGAUCAGCGGCGUGCAGAUAGCGGCUUCUCAGAAAGCAGGCCAGCCAGGUGCGGAGGAUGCUGAGACGGCACCGGCUCACCAGCGCAAGAAGCAGGCGAGGAAGACAGACAGCAAGGACAACAAAAAGAAGGGCCGCCACCGCGACGAGCGGCAUCGAGAGGCACUCAAGGUGUGCAUAGCCCAGAUGCUCUGGGACCUGCACGACUAUCCCUACGUCGUCUCGUCCGUCGAAUUCGUCCACGUGAACUCGUGCCCGCCCGAGCAGCGGUGCGGGUUCACCCCUAAAAACACCAGCUUGUCCGCGAAUGCAGUGCAGAACGCGCCCUAACAGCCGCGGCCCGCCAACCCACAGGGGUUCCGAUCUGGUACCUCGCCCAUUCCCAUAGAGACACGGCAGCGCGACCUCGCCAACGUGCCGUGGCGGCAGUUUACCGAGCCUCAGCAUGGGAUCCUGUACGACCUCUUUACUACCUGGAAGCCACUGGAUAAACUGGCCGUCUUCGGCAUUCGGCAUCCCGAGCUGCUGUGGAUCGACAGCCUCGAGGAGUACUUCAAGUGAGUUUUUCAUGGAUACACCUUCACCUCCUGGACUCUAACGUGAAUGUAAUGUGUGGGUGUCUCAGGUGGCUGGUCAUCUCUGCACGGCCGCAACUCAGCAGCCGGCAAACAUACAACUCCUCUGUCUCUGAGGACGUUGCCGCCGUGCGGUUCGUCGACGGCAGUUUGCAGACGAUCAGAUUUCGACAGCGGUACCUCGAGGAAGCCAGGCGGGCCUGCCGCACACGCUGCUGUUCUGACGUGCGCCACGCUUCUCACGCGCCCAUGGUGGAGCUGCUGGAUCGCCUAGUGCGCUCCGUGGUGGACCUGAGCACGGGAAAACCCGACGUGGACGUCGAGCUUAUCGACCGCUUCGUCAGCCGUGAGCCGAGACACAAUGAUCGUCCCAUCGCGAUCGUCUUCUCAUCUAUUCGGCCGAGCAACCCGCACAAGUUCCUCAUCCACCUCCUGUACAGGUUCGGGCGCUUCACGUGCGACAUGGACCUGUUCGAGGUGUCGAGUCUGCGCGAGAGCUUCAUCCAUGCGGGGCUGCUAAACGAUCGACCCGACGACAACACGGAGGCUACGGCGAGAGACGCUGAUCGGCUGCUGCGGCUCUGA